AUGCCCCUAGGUCCUUCACCUAGAGAGGAUAAGCUCAUAUGGCACUAUGAAAGCUCAGGAGAAUACACAGUGAGGAGUGCUUAUAAGCUGUUCUGGUCUAUAAAGAACCACAGGGCAGAAGGGAGUUGCUCAAACUAUCAGGAACUUUUAGGUUUUUGGAAGCAGCUAUGGACAAUGCCAAUACCACACAGGGUUAGGGUCUUCUCAUGGAGAGCAUGCAAGCAUGGACUGCCCACGUUGCAAAACCUGAGGGUCAGGAAGGAAGGAAACCAGCAAGGGUUUAUGGAGGUAGCCAUGAGAGUGAAAAAAGAAGGGCAGCCAAGGGACCUAGAGAAAUUCUUUCUCAUGGCCUGGUCUUUCUGGUAUAGAAGGAACCAGUUCUACUUUGAAGAACAUGUUCAACAUCCACAACAGUCUGUAGAUCAUGCCUUGUCCAUGCUUAAGGAGUCUCAAGAAGCCCAAGUCAGUAAUAAGCAGAACAUGGGAUGCUGCAGCACGGGUGUGGAAGUUAUUUUGAGAGAUGAGAAGGGAAAAGUAAUUCUGGUUGUGUGUCACAAAGAACCAGAGUUCUCUGAUCCUAUGGAAGUGGAGCUUCUUGCCAUUUUGAGGGGUCUACAGCUGUGUAUCCCGUUGGGUAUCAAUGAAUUGAUUGUGGAAACCGAUUCAAUGCUCAGUGUAAGAGCCUUAACAACAGAAGGGGAGUCCAUGUCUCCCCAUGGUAACCUGAUCUACUCCAUCCUCAGCCUUUCAAGACAGCUACCUAAAGUGAUAUUCCAACAUGUUGGCAGAGAACACAAUGCAACAGCUGAUGGUCUAGCAAAACUAACAAGAUUUGUAGAGGAUUUAACAGUUUGGUGGGAAUCAAUUCCCAAGUGUAUUUACCAAAUUGUUUGGCAUGAGGCUAGCUUGUAA